CGGGCGGAGCGGGGCGGUAUGUCAAAUCAAAUGUCUGCAAAUGUCUAUCGAAUCGAUUGUGUAAUUGUUGGAUUUGUGUGUGUUUUGUGAAAAAAAUAAUGAAUUAAACAGUUAAAUUGAAGACCUAUUAAUUGUGGGUUUCAUCUCUAACAUAAUCAAGUCAAGAAAAUUAUUUACGCACUCAGCUCCCAUUAAAGUUUUCUUGAUGCCAUACAAUAGAUAUUUUCCCUCUGUUUGUUGUGUGUGAAUAAACAUUAAAUUCGAAAUUAUGGUUGAAAACGGUGCAUCUAGUGGUGGCAGCGACAGCCCCAAUGCAACUUGUUCCCGUUCAGGACUUCUCGAAACCUUAGUGCGAGGAGUAUGGUACAGAGUACAUUGCUCUUUGGAGGAUGAUUAUCUAAGUGUAUGCUUGGACGAUGGUUACGAUGCAACUACUACACUCAAUGGGACACUCAAUAACAACAAUGUAGAAACACCAAACAGUGAUUUCACAGAAGUACCAGAAGCAAUAGCCAACCAAAAACGACUAGUACAGGUGGUUAAAUCUGACAAUAAUGGGCUGGGUAUAUCCAUAAAAGGUGGCAUAGAAAAUAAUAUGCCAAUAUUGAUAUCAAAAAUAUUCAAGGGAAUGGCGGCAGAUUUGACAGAACAGUUGUAUGUUGGAGAUGCUAUUCUUUCAGUAAAUGGAGAGGAUUUAAAAGAUGCCACACAUGAAGAAGCUGUAAAAGCUUUAAAAAGAGCUGGAAAAAUGGUUCAGUUGGAAGUCAAGUAUUUGCGAGAAGUCACACCAUACUUCCGGAAAGCAUCAAUAAUUAGCGAGGUGGGGUGGGAACUACAGAGAGGGUAUAUGGCGGAGGCACCGCCGUCGCCGCCUUCCCCGAGGCGCCGUCGAGCUGAUACCCGCUACGUGCCGCUGCUGAUGGCCUGUGUAGCUAAGAACCUUCGACACCAGGACCCAGAGGAGCGCACGAUCGAGGUGUACUCCCCGGACGGCGUGCACGCGCUGGCGCUGCGCGCGAGCUCGGCGGGCGCGGCCGCGGGCUGGCAUCGCGCGCUGCACGCCGCCGCACGCCGCGCCGCGCGCGCCGCGCUGGCGCGUGCUCGUCCGCAGCUGCGUCCGCUGCUGGGCGACGUGCGGUACGCAGGGUGGCUGGCCAGGCGCCCGCCGCAGGAUCAUGCUAGUGCUUCAGGUGGUUCUGACAGUUCCGAAGAGGCAGAAAGCUGGCAACCAACUUUCGUGGCUAUAACAGAACUUGAACUAAGGUUAUACGAGGCAGCGCCGUGGUCGAGCGAGGCGUGGUGCGCGGCCAGCGAGAGCUUCAACCUCGCGGCGACGCGGCUCGCGUGGUGGCGGCGCGGCGGCGGCGGGGGCGGGUGCGGGGGCGGGGGCGGAGGCGGGGGCGGGGGCGGGGGCGCGGCGGCGCUGGGCGUGCGCGCGGGCACGCCGGCGGGCCUGGCCGUGCGCGCGCUGCGCGCCGACACACCGCACGACCUCGCCGCUGUGGCCGGAGCCCUGGUCGAUGGUGCGCACAAUGCGGUCAGAGCGCAGCCAGAGUUCACCUUCCGAUGCCGAUACCGUGGCGCAUGCGCACGCCUAGCACUGGGCACAAACGGCGCAUGCGUGUGGGAGAGCGCGGGGUCGCUGGGGCGCGGCGGCGCGCGCGCGCUGUACCGCCGCCCGCUGCACGCGCUGCGCGCCUCCGCCGACGACGACCGCUGCAAGCUGUGGCUGCACUUUGCUGAUGAUGACACCGUGGAGCUGGACAUGGAAGGCAGUCCGAAGCCGGCAGUGUUCAUCCUGCACAACCUGCUGUCCGCGCGCGUGCACUCGCUGCCGGCGGAGGCCGCCACCAACCCGCUAUAACACGAGCAGUACCCCGACCACUCGCCCGAGUAUUAGUGCCGCUGCACAUCCAACGCGAACCUCGGCUGUACUCCGCGCGUGUGUCAAACCGGUAACAACUGAACUUUUAUUAACUUUACCGGUGUUAACGUAAAUUAUAGAUUCCUUAAUCUUGAAGGCGUACACUACAUUCGACCCUUUGUAUUGUAACAGGGGACAGAUACGCCAUGUAUUUGCUCUGAGAGCUUUAGAGCAUUCUCUAUGUACGUGAUGUUAUAAAAUACCUAGACUAUGAGGUUGUAAGAUAACCAAUCGAAUAAAUGCGAUGUUUCAAUUAUUUGUUGAAGUGGAUGAGACUCAUGACUACUUUUGAAACUUCGAAAAAACAUCUCGUUUAAGGUACUGUAUAUUGAAAAUUUCGUAUGUAUUUAAGUAUUUUAUAACACCUCUCUGAAUGUGCAUAUGUUGAUUGUAUAUUCAAAGAUAAAGAGUAUCUAUACUAAUUGGAUUAUGAAAUCUCAAAUUAUUCUGCAAAUUGUUAACGACUACUUGACUCCUCCUCGGAGUGGUAGUCCUAUCAUGUAUGUUCUCGGGUAAUUCCUUUAAUUAUUAAGAAGAUACAUGUCUAAUUAUAAAAAAAACAUCUCUUAACAAGUAAAUAUCGUUGAUUAACAUUUUGAUAUUGAAAAUUAAUCGAGCGUAGAGUUGGUGGCCCAUACAUUGAUGUAUGAGCCGAGCAUACAACGUUCCAAAAAUACCUCCAUGGCUCAACCAAGGUAUUGUGUUCUAUAGUAAUCGAAAUAACUGUGAUGCCUCACAUAUGAUCAUGCUAUUGUUGUCAUAUCGGACUUUCUUGUCUUUGUGUGUAAUUCACUUUAUAUAAACCUUAACAUUUUAGUGUUUGAAGGUGUGUGUUUGAAACAUUCCAUGUUUUUAUUAUUAUGUAUUUAAAAUGUAAU